CCGAAUGUCAUGUACCCAUAGGCCAUGUGCUAUGUAGCAGAGAGGUCACGUUUCCAUGCUAGCAGCGCAUCCUGCAUGUUUACCCACGUAUGGUUUGCAGGCCCUGGCAGAAUGAUUGAUUGGAUCAAAUUCCGAUUAGUAUGGAAUGCCGCGGACUUCUUCAUGUUUUGUAGACUGAUCUAUUUAUAUGCGUUGACCUCUUCUUGAUGUUUUCCUUGGGCAUAUUUAUGCUAGUCUGGUACAUUCUGUCAUGCCUGUACAGCCGGGGAAUUUACAGCAGAGUUUACAGAGAAAAAUACACAAGUCACGGUUGCCGACGGGUGCGUAUUUGGACGUCAGCAAGCGACCAGUAUCACUGAGUUAUCAUUAAGUAAACAUUGGGUAACUGAUUUCGAGAACACAUGGCUGACUUCGAAUCAUCUACUACGGGACGCGCUAGACAUGAAGCUGAAGGAGUUUGGACCAAAUUUAGCCUCGUCUUGGGGAUAGGCACUGUUGGUCUGCUUUUUUUCAGACGCUACUUCCAUGGGGCCAAAUGUCGAAGCCUUGCCCAGCUCAGUGGCAAAACCGUCAUUGUCACAGGUGCUAACACAGGAAUUGGGAAAGCCACAGCUCUCGACCUGGCCCGUCGACAUGCUCGGGUGAUCCUUGCUUGCAGGGACAUUCAAAAGGCAACGAAGGGUGCAGAGGACAUACGGCGUUCCACACGCUCUGAGCAGCUUGUAGUCAAGCAUCUGGAUCUCGCCUCCCUAAUAUCCAUCAGGGAGUUUUGUAAUGACAUCCUGGAGACGGAGCCACGCCUGGACAUCCUCAUCAACAACGCGGGCGUGUCCUGGCUGCCAAAGUUCACCAAGACGGAGGACGGGCUGGAGAUGCAAAUGGGAGUGAACCACUUCGGACACUUCCUCCUGACGAACCGUCUCUUGGGACUCCUCAAGAAGUCCUCCCCAGGUGCCCGCAUCGUCAUAGUGUCCUCAGCUCUCUACAAGAAGGGCAAGAUUGACUUUUCCAACCUCAACUCAGAGAAAAGCUACAACCGGUUCCAAGCCUACUACGACAGCAAACUUUCCAAUGUGCUCUUCGGACAAGAGUUGCACCGUCGCUUGGAGGCAGAGAGAGCGGGCGUGUCCGUGUACACCCUGCAUCCGGGCGUCGUCAACUCAGAACUGAACAGACACACCAUGCAUCCGUUUCUUUUAAAGUUCUUUCUACGACCCCUCUUCUGGCUCUUUAUGAAGACCCCUACCCAGGGAGCUCAGACAACCAUUUACUGUGCUGUGGCAGGCGAGCUGGAGGGACUGAGCGGCCUUUACUAUGGUAACUGUAAAGAGCAUCCAUUUCCUCCAGUGGCCUCACUUGCUGAUGAAAACAUUGCCAAGAAACUGUGGGAAGCUAGUGAACGGCUUACAGGUCUUAAGGAUGACUUUUUGGGUUUGGGGAAGUACAGUGCAGUGAAAGUAAAGAGUCGAGAAGCAAGCGGAAAACCGCGGUCCGGCGGCAUCCGCAUCACACCCAGCGCCGCGGUUAGUACGUUGUGUGUAAAACCGGGUGUGCUUUUGAGAGGUUUAGGCAACACCAGUAUGGCAGUCCAGAUGGAGGAUAUUGCAUGGGGGGCAUUUUAUGCCAUGGCCCUCUUUGUUGCUUUCAUUUUGUGGAAGAGAUAUGCGGAGGGCGGAGUUUGUUAUUCCAGCAAUCGCAUGGAGGGGAGGACAGUUAUCGUCACGGGAGCUAACACGGGGAUGGGUAAGGAGAUCGCAGCUGAUAUGGCUAACCGGGGUGCCCAUGUCAUCAUGGCUUGCCGCAGCUUGGAGAAGGGUAACCAGGCGGCCAAGGAUAUCCGCCGGCGUGUCCGAGACGGUACGCUGGUUGUCCGACAGCUGGACCUGGCCUCUUUGAAGUCGGUCCGGAUGUUCUGCAAGGCCUUUUUGGCCACAGAGCCUCGCCUGGAUGUGCUGAUCAACAAUGCCGGGGUCUUUUUUUGCCCAUACAUGCAGACGGAAGACGGGUUCGAGAACCACUUCGGUGUCAAUCACCUGGGCCACUUCCUCUUGACUAAUCAGCUACUGCCACUCUUGGCUAAGUCUCCUGGAAGCCGUGUGGUCAAUGUCUCCUCCUUCACCUAUAAUUUCACCAGCCUAGACUUUGACAACCUCAACUCUGAGCAUUCCUACGGCCGGCUGCAGGCCUACAUGCGCAGCAAGCUGGCCAACGUCUUGUUCAGCAAGGAACUGGCCCGGCGAACCAAGGAUUCCGGAGUUAGUGUUUACUGCGUCAACCCGGGCGGUGUCCACACGGACAUCACCAGGUACCUCUUACCACAGUGGUGUAUGCCGAUAUGUGACCCCCUGAUGUGGUUAGUUAUCAAGAGUCCCCGUGCUGGUGCCCAGACAGCUAUUCAUUGUGCCGUCUCAGACGAGGUUAAAGGUCUUAGCGGUUGCUACUUCAGCGACUGCAAGGAAAAAGCCGUUAGCACAAAGGGUAUGGAUGAGGGCAAAGCGAAGAAGUUGUGGGAAGUAAGUGAAAAAAUGACAGGGUUGUAAAAGCAUUGGCAGUUGGAACAGUAUCAUUACUGCCGUUUAGGACAAGAGUAUCAAAACAUGUUAAAUAGUUUGCAGGUGUUACACUCUGCAAUGUGGCAUAAAGUCUUUGUAAUUUGUAUGGUGUAAUUUCUCCGUAACAAGUGGAAACCUUCAAGUUUUCUUGAGCUGGGGAUCAUGACCAAAACCAAAAUGAUUGAAAUCACCGGAAAUUGCUGAAUUUUCACUGUCUUCAAAUUGCAAUUAUUAAUGAAACUUUCCCAGGACACAGCUUCUUUGUGUUAGAUUUGUAUAUAUAGUGCAAUCAAAGGUGUUUUGUAUUCAUUUUGAUUUUGGUGAGUCCAUUCGGUCUAAACUUUAA